AUGCCACUUUCAUCGAGAGCACGACCCAUCCACCAUCCCCAUCGCCCCGACCGUGAUGACCCCUUCCACGUCGCCGCGUCCCCAAACGCCGGAUGCGGGCCCGAUCACCCUCGACGACUUGGAUGCGGACUCGCCUCUAUCCGACCUAGCGGACUACACGUUCGAUUCCGACUUCGAGUCCGAUCCCAACCCCCAAGGGCUCCCUCCGCCGCCUCCUCCGAUGACGACUCCGACGAGGAUCCCGCAACCGCACGCGAAACUACGCCCCAGGACACUACCAUCGACACGAGCCGUCCACAAGAGAACGGGGAGUUGCUUGAAAAUGAAAAGGAAAACUUUCUCGAAGUGGAUGACGAUGUUGCCACCCCCGGCGAUGAACGACCCUCCAAGCGUCGACGCCUCUCCGAGACCACUCCCCAGACCGGCCCCCGCAAACGAGCCGAAUCGCCGCCCUGGAAGAAAGUUCAGGCCGAGGGCCCAACUACCUUUACAGAAAAUGGCCGACGCAAGACGUCGCGCUUCGCGGCGGACAAUGCCACAUCUCAAGAGUUGGCUAGCCCCGCUCGCCGACGCGCCUCGAAUCUACGCGAUACACCCGCCCGACACCGCCUUCGAACCCGUAUCGAUACUCUACCCAUUCUUCAUCCCGAUCUUCUAACGAAACGACCCAAACUCUUCCCAACAUUUGACGAAUACUGGGUGCGCGCCUGGGAUAUACCCAUCGAAGAGGGUGGUCUCCUGGCCGCCGACGAUGAUGCUCGCAUCUCGGACGAAGUAGCCCGAAAGGAAGCUUGCAUAAUACGGCGGAUUGAGGCCGAGGCGGAACCGGGCGGCCUUCUCUCUGGGGAUCACUGCUCUAUUUUUACCCCAGAGCAGCAAGACGAGCCUCCUAGGCAAUGGGCCCACGCGGACCACUUAGUUAAGGCGGCGGCUAAUUUCCGCAGGCUGCUGGUUGCGGAGCACAUCCGACACAAGGCUACCGCGAAGAAGCUGGCCGAGGCGUGUCGUGAUGAGUGGAGACGACGGCAGCCCAAGUCGGCAGAGCAGCUCGAACUAGAAGCGAGAGAUCUCUGGAUCGCGCGCUACAAGCUCGUUGCUCGCGCCCUUUCGGGACAGUGGGAGGCUGAAGAGCAGCGCAGGGUGAAGGCAGCGCUAAACGAAGCGGUAACAAUAUCCGAGCAGAAGCUGCAAGCGCGAAAGACCCUGGCGGACUCCGAUCUGGAUUCCGACAUAGAGCUGGACUCCGACCUCGAUUCAGCCCUCUUGUCCGACGCCGAAGCAGCGGAAGACGCCAGUAAUGAUGGUGAGAGUGAAGAGGCAGAUGAUGGAGACGAUGAGGAUGAAAAUGGUGCUGGCGAUGAUGACAACAUGACCUCUGACGAAGAUGAGGACGAAGACGAGGCUACCGAAAGUAAAGAUGACGUGGGUGACGAGCAUCUUACACGGGAGCAGCUUAUAGAAAAGUACGCCAACCUUCCGGAUCUUCCGAAGGAAACAACAGAAAAUCCUGCCGACGACGAGAAGCAGCAGAUGGGCGAACCUACCGUCAAGCAGGAGGAUGAGACCAGUGAUGAAUCCGUCGACAUGGAUGAUGAUCUGGGCUCGACAGAUAUGGAUUCGGAUGAAGAAGAUGAUGGCGAUGACGAUGACGACGAUGAUGACGACGAUGAAGAGGAUGAAGAGGACGAGGAGGAUGGGGAAGCGCCAUCCGGCCUUCUUGGCCUUUUCUUUGGAAAAUCGGAGCUGAAGAAGCUAAAGGACGAUGCGGUGGACGAGUCUACCCCGAUAGACACGCCUGGCGCCCAAUCCGAGGAUGCUGUCGAGAUGGAGGCUGGGGCGGACGAUGCGCAGGAUGUCGCCCUCCCUGCGGACGAACGUAUGACUGAGUUUUCCCACGGAGAGAUCAACGGGAUCAGGCACAAACUCAAUGGCAUAAGCAAGGUAUUCGAUGUCCCUGAGGCCACUGACGACGACGACGACGCCAUCUCCUUGGUUCAUCACCCGGGUGACCGUCGCUCCACUGUUGAACCAGAUACGGGGGCGAGCAAACCAACAACGCCUUUCCCAGAUCCAAUGGAGUCCGUCGGCUUUCAACUCCCGAAUGGCACCUCAGACUCCCCAGUAUCGAAGGAUACGAGUGCGGCCGAUAGGGCGUCUAUGCCCCCACCUAAGCUCGUUGCCAAUGACGAUGAAGACGUUGUCAUGGAUGAUGCCCCCUCAGACGUGCCGGUGUCUACUGUGCAGCAGAGCUCAAAGACGCCAAGCGAGGCCCCGGAUGUGGUGAACAUCAACGAUGCUGAACAGGCCUCUGAGACAGCCCAGGAUCUCGAAGGAAGCCACCGCAGCGUCUCGCCUUCCCAACCGGGGCAACCCAAGACGGAAGUACCCUUCCUCCUGCGCGGCACGCUCCGAGAGUACCAACACUUUGGCCUCGAAUGGCUUGCAGGGCUUUACGCCAACAAUACCAAUGGUAUCCUGGCUGACGAGAUGGGACUCGGCAAGACCAUCCAGACGAUUGCGCUCCUAGCGCAUCUGGCUUGUUAUCACGGGGUCUGGGGUCCGCAUCUUGUCAUUGUGCCGACCAGCGUCAUGCUCAACUGGGAGAUGGAGUUCAAGAAAUGGUGCCCCGGCUUCAAGAUCCUCGCGUAUUACGGCAAUCAAGAAGAGCGUAAGCGCAAGCGUCAAGGUUGGAACAAUGACGACGUGUGGAACGUGUGCAUCACGUCCUACCAGCUGGUGCUGCAAGACAGCCAGGUAUUCAAGCGGCGUCGCUGGCAUUACAUGAUUCUUGACGAGGCCCACAACAUUAAGAACUUCAAGUCACAACGGUGGCAGACACUCUUGGGCUUCAACACGCAGGCCCGGCUGCUCCUCACUGGUACCCCGCUGCAGAACAACCUCACCGAGUUAUGGUCGCUUCUCUUCUUCCUCAUGCCUUCGGAGAAUGGCGUGGGCGGCUUCGCGGAUCUACAAGAGUUCCACGACUGGUUCCACAAACCCGAGUCGCAGAUUCUCGAAAGCGGCAAGGAGAAGAUGGACGAUGAGGCGCGGGCCAUCAUCUCCAAGCUGCACAAGGUGCUGCGGCCCUACCUCCUACGGCGCCUCAAGGCCGACGUGGAGAAGCAGAUGCCGGCCAAGUACGAGCACGUCGAGUUCUGCCGGCUGUCGAAGCGGCAGCGCGAGCUCUACGACGGGUUCCUCGGACGCUCAGACACGCGCAACACCUUGGCUUCGGGCAACUAUCUUAGCAUUAUCAACUGCCUAAUGCAGCUCCGCAAGGUGUGCAAUCACCCCGACCUUUUUAUCGACCGGCCCAUCAUGACGUCGUUCCCGAUGGAGCGGUCGGUGGCCGGCGGCUACGAGUAUACGGAACGCUUUGUGCAAAAGUCCAUCCUCGCGCCGGAUCACAUGGGCGCCGUGAGCCUACAAUUUCUCAACCUUAUCCCCACCCGCUACGAAAACAUCUCUACUCAUACGGCCGACACCAUCGCCCGGCUUACCACGCCCCGCACUCUAAUGGACAUGCGAGACGCGCAAAAGAAGCGCGCCAAAGAGGAGUUCAAGGAGCUCGACCCUACCACGGUUCUGUCGAACAUUGACUAUCUCGAAAGCAUCGGCCGCUGGGAUCGGUUCGAAGAGCUGCAGCAUUCCGUAUACCUCAACGCUCUUCGGCGCCAGCAAAAGCCCAUCUACGGCGAAAACGUGGUCAAGAUGCUCACGCUCGAUCUCCACGAGAGCCCCCGCAAACUCCGUGCCAAAGUGCCUGGGAAAGUACUAAAGUGGUUUGAAGAAGACUCGGUCUUCAUCUCUUCCAUGAUCAAGGGCGUGGAGAGGCGCUCGGAGGAAUUGCACACGACGAUUGAAAAGUUUGCGUGCACGACGCCGGCAGUGGUAGCCAAGGACUUGCACCAACUCGUCCUCGGCAGCCGUGGGGUGCAAGCGUUCCAAGACGCGGACUUUAAGCUGAGCAAGGCGACUCGAUGGGCCCCGUACAUGCCCAAAGAACCGCCGGCGGACCCGUGGCAUGAAGCGCGGAUGCGCUUGAGCGUCCAGUUCCCUGACAAGCGGCUCCUUCAGUUUGAUUGCGGCAAGCUCCAGGCUCUCGACCGGCUUUUGCGCAAGCUGCAAGCAGGGGGCCACCGAGCGCUCAUCUUCACGCAGAUGACCAAGGUUUUGGAUAUUCUGGAGCAGUUCCUCAACAUCCACGGACACAAGUACCUGCGCUUGGACGGAGCGACCAAGGUCGAGCAGCGACAAAUCCUCACCGACCGGUUCAACAAUGACCCUCGCAUCCUAUGCUUCAUUCUCUCGACGCACAGGUGCCAUCGAAUCGGGCAGACGCGCGACGUGCACAUCUACCGACUCGUCAGCGAGCACACGAUCGAAGCCAACAUCCUACGCAAGGCGUCGCAGAAGCAGAUGCUCGACGACGUGGUCAUCCAGGAGGGCGAGUUCACGACCGACUACUUCAACAAGCUCUCGGUGCGGGACGUCAUCGAUGCCGAGACCGGCGCGCGUCGCGACGACGACGAGUUUGUCAGCGACGGGGUCGCAGCCGCCAACGCCGCCAUGGACCGCGUCCUCGGAGGAGGCACGGACGGCGGCAGCAGCGACGACCGCUCGGUCGGCAGGGUCCUGGCCCAGGCCGAGGACAAGGAGGACGUGACAGCCGCCCGCGCGGCAGAAAGGGAGAUCCAAGCGGACGAGAUCGACUUUAGCGAAAAGAGAGAGGCGGAAGAGGACGAGAGCCUCGUCGAGCUCAACGCGUGGGGCGAGAAGAUCCACAACGUCGACCACUUUAUGCUGGACUUUAUGGCGGAAGCGCUCCGGUACGCGCCGCUCGAGAUCCCCAAGGAUAAGAAGAAGGGCAAGAAGACCCGGGGCAAAGAUACGCGGAAGCGCUAA